GUUGUAUCUGCUGUAACUUCAAAUGUUGCUUUAUUUUCAGUACUAGGUGUUGGUGAUCAUCUCCUUUCUCAUUCAACUUCAUUAAAAAUGGAAAACAGCUCAUUUGGAAUUAGUUCUCAGCUAACCCUGGAUACUUUUUUCAUUCCACCUGGAGGAAAGUAUCCAGUGUUUUUUUUUGGACUAGCUAUUUACUUGUUUGGAAUGUCCUGCAAUCUGACUUUGAUGUCUUUGAUUAUUCUUAAGGAAAAUCUUCACAAGCCCAUGUAUUUUAUACUGAUUAGUCUGCCCCUCAAUGAUCUGAUAGGAAUAACAGCAAUGCUACCAAAAAUACUUUCAAAUAUUGUUACAGAGACUCAUAUAGUGUCCUAUCCACUCUGUGUUCUACAAGCUUUUCUUCUACACAUGUGUGCCGGUGGAAUUCUGUUUGUUCUCGCAGCAAUGUCCGUUGACCGUUACAUUGCCAUUUGUAUGCCUCUACGCUACAGCUCUUACAUGACUCCAAGAAUUAUUGCUCUUAUUAUCUGCCUGGUUUGGGGUUGUGACUUUGUCUUUAUCCUAUCACUCUUUUCUCUUCAGUCAAGGCUCACGAGGUGUAGAUCUGUAAUACUGAACGUAUUUUGUGACAACCCAUCUCUUGUGAAGCUCAUGUGUGGAAACACAGCUGUCAAUAACGUAAUUGGUCUGUUUAUCACAGCUUUCAUACAAGUUCUGUGUAUGUCUAUUCAGGCAUACUCUUACCUUAAAAUUCUGAUUGCAUGUUUGAGUAGAAAGCAAUCUGACACUAAGACAAAAGCAGUGAACACUUGUGUUGCACAGUUGGUUAUUCUUCUCAUAUUUGAGGUUGCAGGAACUUUCACAGUUUUAUCGCAUAGAUUCAAAAACAUUUCUACUGAUUUACAAAAGGUAAUGGGGAUGCUAAUGUUUCUUUUACCUCCACUUAUUAAUCCUAUUGUGUAUGGCCUGUAUACUAGUGAAAUACGAAGAACUUUCCUGGAUAUAUUUAAGAAGAGAGUAACCUGAAUUUCACUCAGAUCCCACAAUGCAUUUAUCCAUUUGUUAUUUUUAAAAUACAAUCACAAUAUUAAAAAGCAGAAUUCUAAUAAUACAUUUGGUUAAAUACAAAUAAGAAACAUGACCUUGAAGUACAUGUUUCAUGUUUAGUCUUUUUUGUUUUUUAUUACAGAGUAUAAAAAUGUUUUCAAUUCACUCUGGACUGAAGGGAGUACUGUGUGGAAAGUCCCAAAUUGUUAAACUCUUUGAAAGGCAAACAUUAAUGGGCAAAUUUAAAAGUUGUUUUGCUUGAAAUUUUUUAGUAUGAUUCCAAAAAAUAAAAACAAGAUGAUAACAAUUUAUAAACCUUGUGUAUUGCUUUGUUUUAAGGGUCUUAAUAUGGAGUUUC